UCACACAAACAAGAUGAAUUCGAAAUUAGCGUUAGUGAUAUGGGCUGUUGUUGCUGUCGCCUCAUCAUCGCCCCAAGGAGCUCCUUCCAGAUCCUACGGCACCCCCAGUGCGGGUUCUUCUGGAGGAGGAUUUGGAGGUAGCGGCUUUGGAGACGGAGCCAGUGGGGGGUUCGGUGCUGGAGGCCCCGGUGGCAGCGCUACAGGAUUCGGAGGACCUGCUGGAGGGCUUGGAGGUGGCUCUCAAGGUGCAGAUAAUGGAGGAUUCGGAGGUGGCGCCGUCGGUGUAGGAAGUGGAGCAUCAAGAUUUGGAGCUGAAGGAGGAUUCGGAGGUAGCGUUUCUGGCGGAUUCGGCGCUGGAGCCACCGGAGGAUUCGGCGGUUCCUCGGGAGGCUUCGGCGCUGGCGGUGCUGGCGGCGCUGGCGCUGGAGCAUACUCUGGAGGGUCACUUCCUUUCAUUCCCAUCAUUACCGACGAACGCCAAGGUCCCGAUGAGUUCGGAAACUACAACUUCAACUUCGAAACUGCAAACGGCAUCAUUCGUCAGGAACAAGGAGCCCCACAAGGAGAAAAUGGAGCCGUAGCACAGCAGGGUUCUUGGUCGUAA